AUGAUAAGUUUAGAAAUACAUCAAACCAAUCUCUACGAAGUACUACAAACAAUAUUCUUAAUCUCUCAUGAAGGACUUGAUGCUGAAUUAAGGAUUUUAAAAAGCGUUCCAAAUGGCUCAUCAACAAAAGCCGUUUACGAUUGGCUAGACUUUUUAAAAGAAAAUCAAAGACAAAAUGUAUUUCCAAAUUUUAAAAAGGUUUUAAUACAUUUUGCCACUAUACCUGUCACGAGCUGUAGCUGUGAGAGGGUAUUUUCUAAAUUACCUAUUGUAAAAUCAAAACUUCGAAGUACUAUGUUGCAAGAAAGACUGGAAUCUUUUUUAUUAUUGUUUGUUGAACAAGAAAAAUUAAUGAACUUUCAGAUUGAAGAAGUGAUUGAUGAAUUCAAAUCUAUGAAUAAUGAAAGGGAGCGCAGAUUAGUAUUAUAA